AUGGAUCGUCGUUUACACGCUGUUCAAGAUCGUCUAGUCGAACAGUGUACACAGACUUUAAAAAGUGUUCAAGGUUCAGUGUCUGCUGUCACAUCGUAUUUUCAAAAAGAAGUGCCUAUUAAACAUGAAAAUGACCAUGAAUCUUUAUUUCAACGUGCUUUUGCUGUGCAAUAUAAUGUGAAAAAAAUGAAAAAAUUAGAAAAAGAAUAUGUUGUUAUUCGUAAAGAAGAACAAGAAGAACAAGUUGAAAUACGUAGAUUAAGAAAUGAAAAUCGUUUAUUAAAACAACGAGUUGAAAAUUUAGAAAAAGAAAGUGCAACAUUAGCAAAUCGUUUAAUUGAAGGUCAAGUAUUAAAUGCUCAAUAUGCUGAAGAAUCUUAUCAAUUAAAACGUGAAAAUUAUAAUUUCAAAAAACAAUUAGAAGAACAUAAUAAUCAAAAUAUUAAUAAUACUACGAUAAAAGAUAAUAAUCAAAAUUCAACAAAUAUGACUACUAUAUCACAUGAUAAUGAAGAAUUAGAAACUCUAUAUGAAACAGUUCAGAAAUUGACAUUAGAAAAUCGUACUUUACAAACUGCACCACAUGUUGAAAUAGCUGCUUUACAAGAAGAAUUAACACUUGUAAAAAUGCGUGAUGCUGAAGCUCAAGUUAGUAUAAAUGAACUUCGUCAACGUAUAGCUGAUCUUAAUUAUGAAUGGCAAUUACAUAGUAGUACAUGUAAAACUAUUCGUGAAAAAAAUGCUACAAAUGAUUCUCAACCAACAAAUGAUGCAUAUGAUUUAAUUGCUCAUGAAUUAAUAUCUCUUAAAAUGCGUGAAGCACAAUUAGAUUGUGAUAAUAAACUUCUUUCACAAAAAUUAAUGCAUUCUGAAACACAAACACAAGUUUCAUAUAAUCAAAUAAAACGACAAGAUGAUGAAAUACAACGAAUUCGUCAUGAAUUACAAGAAUCUCGUAUACGUGAGAAUGAAUUACGUACACAAUUGAAUGAAAUUAAAAAUCAUUUACAUGAUGGAGAAUUACGACAAAAAGAAGAUUCAAUGAUGUUACGUAUUCGAGAAGCUGAAAGUACUCAAGCAAUUGGUGAUUUACGUCAAAAAAUAGCUGAAUUAGAAGUUCAAAAUCAAGAAUUAAUAAGUCGUGGUCAAAUAAUGGAUAAUAAAGAUCUUCAAGAAAAACUUGUUGAAUUACAAGAUGAGGUACUACGCCUUCGACUAUUACAGACCAUAUAUCGUAAACAACCAAUAUCAACAGAUUCGACAAAUAUAGAUUAUGAAGAAAGUGAAGAUGGAAGUUUAACUUCUCCUGUAACAUUAUCAUCAUCAAUAAAUCAUCGUUUAAGUUCUUCAUCUACUAUUCUUUUUCCGACUUCAUUUAUAUCAUCUAAUCAUCGUCUUCGUCAAUCAACACCUUCUUUGUUUCCGACAUUCUCAUCUUCACAAACAUCAGCUAGUUAA